UCCCCCAGCGAGCGAAGUAGGCCCCCGGCGGCCAGGAGGCUGCGAGCUGCGGCGGGACCUGAGCGCACGCAGAGGCGCAGCGGUUGCGGGGGGCAGCCUGGCUGCGGGGGGCUGCAGUCCGGAACGUGGGGCACCCGCGCGGGCCCGGCACUCUGCGGGCACCCAAGGAAGGGCCAGGCGUCCGCAGCCCCUGAGAGGGAUGCGGUGCGCGCUGGGAGCCCAGUAACCACGGAUCGCGGCGCUACGGACGCGGCGAUGGAUGAGCCGUGGUGGGAUGGGCGCGUGGCCUCGGACGUCCACCACACUCUGCGCGAGAAGGAGCAGAAGCUGCCCAUCUUCCAUGCCCACUCCCCACUCCUGAAGAGUCGCCGAUUCUUUGUGGACAUCCUGAUUCUGCUGAGUAAUCAUUGCCAGCUCUGUCCUGCAGCCCGGCACCUGGCGAUCUACUUGCUGGACCACUUCCUGGACCGCUACAACAUCACCACCUCCAAGCAUCUGUAUGCUGUAGCCAUCUCCUGCCUCCUGCUUGCAAGUAAGUUCGAGGACCGGGAAGACCGUGUGCCUAAACUGGAGCAGAUAAACAGCGCUCGGAUCCUGAGCAGCCAGAACUUCACCCUGACGAGGCAGGAGCUGCUGAGCACUGAGUUGCUGCUUCUGGAAGCCUUCCACUGGAACCUCUGCCUCCCCACGCCCGCCCACUUCCUUGAAUACUACCUUUUGGUUUCUGUCAGCCAGAAGGACCACCACUGCCACAGCUGGCCCACCACCUGCCCUCGAAAAAACAAAGAGUGCCUCAAGGAGUAUGCCCACUACUUUCUGGAGGUCACCUUGCAAGAUCACAUCUUCUACAAGUUCCAGCCAUCCCUGGUUGCUGCAGCCUGCGUGGGGGCUGCUAGGAUUUGCCUUCAGCUUUGUCCCUACUGGACCAGAGACCUGCAGAGGAUCUCAGACUACUCCCUGGAGCAAAUUAGCACAUGCAUGGAGGUCUUGCUGGUAGCUUAUGACAACAUCCUCAAGGAUGCCGUCGCUACCAAGAACCAGGCCUUAGCCAUGGUGCCCAGCACGUCCCCCACCACUACUACACAGGUGUUGGUCCAGCCGCCAUCCUACUCAGCCCACCCAGCCCUCAGCCAGCCUGCCACGGCACCCCCACCACAUUUCCAGGCAGUCGGGCAGGACCUGUGCUUGGCCUAUCGGGACUCACUGCAGGCCCCCCGAACUGGGAGCCUACUCUCAGGGAGCACUGGCUCAUCCCUCCACAGCAUGCACCCUGCCCUCCAGCCACUGGACAUGUGUCCUAUGCCUUUGCCCCCAUCCCUCCGCGUGCAGAUGGCUCUUGCGACUGAGCCCAGGCACUGUCUUGCCUCCACCUACAGAAGCAGCUACUUCAAUGGAAGUCACGUGUUCCCUGCAAGCUGUUUCAACCGAUAGCAGGAGUAGGGGCCCUGCACACUGGAUAGAAGAAGACGCUGAAGGACACAUCCCUGGGGGAACACUGCCUUGCUGACUUGGGCAUAGUGGGUUUGUGGUCUUUUAAAUAAAAGUAACCCAGAGCAAAGCAGGCCAUGGCAUAACUUCCCUGAGAGCAACCUCUGGCAAGCAUCUUCCAUACAAGGUGUGAGGCUAGAGUUGGAGAAAGUGAUAAAGGUGAAGGAGCCAGGAGACUGGGCUCAUCUUCAUCUGCCAGCCUGUUGGGCUUCUUUCUUCUUUGCCAAAGGCAGCGAUAUCUCCAAAAAGGAAGAAGCAGCCUGUCCCGCUCUGGACCUCUGCCGGAUGCCAUGGACAGAUGCCUCUCACCUUUGUCAUGGAACCUAGAGCCUGUUUGUGUCCCUCACGCCCACCCCCCAGCAGGUUGGCGAACUGCUGCUUCCCCCAGUGCCCUAGCUUUCUGUUCAGUCAAAUGUCUUGUUUACAUUCUGCAUCAGGGAUUUGGUGAUACUUGAAAUUUCCUUUGGAGCAAAGAAAAAAGAAAACAUUGCUGGCUACAGAGCUCAUCCCACUUGAGGGCUGUGGGUUGUCACAGCCAAGGUGGGCAGCUGGGCCUGGGGGUGGAGGGUGGGGGAGGCACAGCAGAGCUCUCUAUGCUAAAGCCCAUGGUCAGCCAAAAUGCCUUGUAGAUUCUCCAUCCUGGAUGCUGUGCUCUCACCUGCAGAACUUCUUUAACAGUAUGUUGUUGAAAUCAGGCUGAGAGUGAAGACCAGCACCCUGCAUCCCCAUACCCCAUGCAGACAGCAGCUGAGUCGGGCUGAUGGCAGAGGGGAAUGGUGUGCGCUAUCUGCCUAGCAUCAAGUGGAUUUAGGGGCUGGGGGAGUCCCUGGGCCAGUAACCACUGUGGUGGGAUCAGAAGCCAGUAGCGUGAUGAGAGGACUCUGGAAGCUGCUUGGAACCAUGUGCAAUAUGUUCUUACCCUGAUAAUGGCUUGCAUGCAGCAUGGUUUUUUGGUUGGUCCUAGGUCCCAGCACGCCCAGCACACCUGAGACAUGCACAGAGAUGUGGAAGUUAUUUUUGUUGUUAUUUUUUAGAAAACCCAGCUGGCCUUGACUUGUUUGCCCAUGCCAGGGGGCUGUGUCAGACGCUGCCUGGAGGUAGCCAUGUGCUGCCGAGUCAAAGCUGAGGCUGAUUUAUUAAGCAGAUGAGACUUCUGCAUGGAAACAGAAUUUCAGGGUGAGGCUGCGUGUGAAUUCAGCCAUAACCCGGUUGUCACAUUAGCAUAGGAAGCUGCACAUUUAUUUUUUGUUUGUUCUUUUCUUUCAGCCAGUUGCCUUCUAUUUAUGUGCAAAUGGUUUGGAUCCUGGUUUGGAUCCCAAGUUAUUGUGUUGCCCUGGCAGUUCUGAGCCUGGUGACUUGUAGAGCCUCACAACCAUCCCAGCAUCCCCUCAAUAAACACGUUACCUGUUCUCGUU